GCUAAAUUGUAACAGUAAGCACACACCGUCGUCUCUCUCCUCUGUUCCUCUGUCUCUCGAUUUCGGCUCACAAACCCAUAAACACAAAUACACACCCACAGGCACACAGAUCGUGGGCAAGCCGUAGCCUUUUCAAUCUUCAAUAUUCAGCCCACUUUCUCCUUUUCCCCCCAUUCACUUCUUCUCGAAUUCUCUUGUUUCCUCAGAUUUACCUUCUCAAUUUCCGAUCAAGAACCAUAUUUAAUUAUUUCACAUCUGCGCCUGCUAUUUCUCUCGCUCGUGCGAAUUGGGCUAUACGAUGCCGCAUCAGGUGGUGAGUGUGAGGCGGGAGGCGGUGGCGCCAUGCAUGACUUGCCCUCUCUGCCACAAGCUCAUUCGCGAGGCCACCACAGUUAUCGAGUGCCUCCACACGAAAUGUAUACACAAGAAUCUAUCAGAUGAGGAGAUGGAAUGCUGCCCAGUAUGCAACAUUGAUUUGGGGGGUUCUCCAUUAGAGAAGCUGAGGCCGGAUCAUAAUCUACAAGAUGUGAGGGGAAAAAUAUUCCCUUACAAGAGAAUAAAGGCGAGGGCCUCUGACAUUGUGCCUGCCGUCACAUUGCCGGCAAAGAGAAAAGAAAGGUCUCUCUCGUCGUUAGGGGUUAGCACCCCACAUGUGUCUUCACAGGGUGGGUUGACUGGCAGAAGGUCAAAGUCAACUGCAAGAAAGGCUUCCUUGAAGGGCACAAAUUUCACGAUUGAGAGGCCCAUGAAAAGGGAAGAUGACUCCAUGGACGAGCAGCCUGAGAGCUCUGGCUCGCCGGACACUCUGAGGAGAUUUACUCAGAACAUUAAGCAGUGUUCUGCUUCUGGUGAGCCAUCCAAUCAGCAAAGUCCUGAUGUGAAGAGGGAGGAUCAGUCAGGGGCUUGGGAAGAAGGGAAAGUGGACCUUUGGAAGCCUUUAAACUGUUUAGUGGAGGCUGCAAGCAGGACCAAGCCAUCAAAGCUCAACGCUCAAGGGCCUAGUUGUAAAUCAGAAGCUCGUGAAAGUGAGGAGCAGGUCAGUAAAUCCAAGAGUAGAGAGCACAGGCAGAAAGCAAAAGCUAAGGAAGAGAAUGCUGAGGACAAUAUUCCUCCCGAGCCCGGAAGGCCCAAGAAGAUGCGGAGGGCCCGUCAAAAAAAGGCACAGAAUUUUGGAGAAUUUAAGGUUUCCCCACAGGCCGUGCUUGAUGCUGCCAGUACAAAAUCCGAGCGUAAAAGUUGCCCAAUUUGGUUUUCACUGGUCUCAGACGAAAAGAAAUGCACUAUCCUUGCCUCAAAUUCCUGCAAAUUAUUUGAGAAUAAAGUCGAGAUCAAGUGCAUGGGCCAGAAAGUGGGCCCCACAUGCCCCCUGCAUAAUGUGGUUGAUAUGUGGCUUCAAACCACGACAACUGACCGAGUGGCGGCCACAAUCGGGUCAUCGGCCAAGGAGUUUGUGAUGGUGCUGGGCUAUUCGCGCAAAGCUCCCGAUUCUUGAAAUUGCCCGUUACCCCUUUUGUUUUUUUUUUGUUUUUCGAGACUUCAAUAAUUAUGCUAGUGGUUUCUUGUAGUUUGUUUUCGUUCGGUAGUGGCUCUGGAUUUUUCUGUUGCAAUAGUUGUUGAGGAAGUUGAAUUUUUCUAAGAAAUCAUUGUAAGUUAAAAAAAACUUGGCAAAGGAGACACACAUUGGAGAAAGUUGCAAUGAUCCAAGUGUUUGAUCGCUAGAUUUUGCUAAUGCCUUAUGAUUGUUCUGAAUGUUAAUGGUUUUA